UCCAGAUCACGUAGAGACAAUCGCAGAAACUGCAGAGCAGAUAGCGGCGCAGCCGGAGAUGGAGCCGGAUGGCCAAGAUUCUGUAUCUUUAUUCAGGAGCAUAAGGUUGCUUGCUGAUCACAAGAAGAUGUUGCUGUGGCUCGUUCUGGUUUUGUCAACCCCAGUUUCUUCUACAAAUACAGAUCCUGACAUCUCGGUGGAAAUUUGCAAUGUUUGCUCGUGUGUGUCAGUUGAGAAUGUACUGUAUGUCAAUUGCGAGAAGGUUGCAGUCUACCGACCAAAUCAGCUCAAACCACCUUGGUCUAAUUUUUACCAUCUUAAUUUUCAGAACAACCUACUGAUUAUUCUAUAUCCAAAUACAUUUCUUAAUUUUACACAUGCAGUGUCCCUGCAACUGGGUAACAAUAAAUUGCAGAACAUUGAGGGAGGAGCAUUCCUUGGGCUCAGUGCAUUAAAACAGUUGCACUUGAACAACAAUGAAUUAAAGAUUCUCCGAGCUGACACUUUCCUUGGCAUAGAGAACUUGGAGUAUCUCCAAGCUGACUACAAUUUAAUCAAGUAUAUUGAACGGGGAGCCUUCAAUAAGCUUCACAAGCUGAAAGUCCUCAUCCUUAAUGACAAUCUGAUUUCAUUCCUGCCCGAUAAUAUUUUUCGAUUCGCUUCUCUAACCCAUCUGGAUAUACGAGGGAAUCGAAUACAGAAGCUUCCCUACAUUGGAGUUCUGGAACACAUUGGUCGAGUUGUCGAACUGCAGCUGGAAGAUAACCCUUGGAAUUGUACCUGUGAUUUGUUGCCUUUGAAAGCCUGGCUGGAGAAUAUGCCCUAUAACAUUUACAUUGGAGAAGCUAUCUGUGAAACGCCCAGUGACUUGUAUGGAAGGCUUUUAAAGGAAACCAAUAAACAAGAAUUAUGCUCCAUGGGGACUGGGAGUGAUUUUGAUGUGCGCAUUCUGCCUCCAUCCCAGUUGGAGCCUGGUUACAGCACGCCUAAUGGCCACACUACGCAAACGUCAAUGCACAGGUUAGUCACCAAGCCUCCGAAAACUACAAAUCCUUCCAAGAUCUCGGGGAUAGUAGCAGGAAAAGCGCUCUCUAAUCGCAAUCUCAGUCAAAUUGUGUCUUAUCAGACCAGGGUACCUCCUCUAACUCCUUGCCCAAGCCCAUGUGUCUGCAAAACUCACCCUUCUGAUUUGGGAUUAAGUGUAAACUGCCAAGAAAGAAAUAUAGAAUCAUUGGCCGAACUCGUACCAAAACCUUUCAAUGCCAAGAAACUGCAUGUAAAUGGCAAUUAUAUUAAGGAUGUGGACACCUCAGAUUUCAUUGACUUUGAAGGGCUGGAUUUACUACAUUUAGGCAGCAAUCAGAUUGCAGUAAUCAAAGGGGCGGUUUUCCGCAACCUUACAAAUUUACGGAGAUUGUAUCUUAAUGGCAAUCAGAUAGAGCGGCUGAGUCCAGAAAUGUUUGCUGGCCUCCAUAAUUUGCAAUAUCUGUAUUUGGAAUACAACGUUAUCAAAGAAAUUUUAGCCAGCACCUUUGACUUAAUGCCAAAUUUGCAGUUGCUCUACUUGAACAACAAUCUUCUUAGAAGUCUGCCGGCUUACAUUUUUGCUGGUGCUCCACUGGCUAGACUGAAUCUGAGGAACAAUCAUUUCAUGUAUCUACCUGUAAGUGGCGUUCUUGAUCAGCUAAAAUCUCUUACACAAAUUGAUCUGGAAGGUAAUCCGUGGGACUGCACGUGUGAUUUAGUUGCUUUAAAACUAUGGCUGGAAAAACUAAAUGAAGGUAUUGUGGUGAAGGAAUUAAAAUGUGAAACACCUGUUCAGUUUGCUAACAUUGAACUGAAGUCUCUCAAAAAUGAGAUCUUAUGUCCUAAACUUUUAAACAAGCCAUCUGCUCUGUUCACUAGUCCUGUGCCUGCUGUCACUUUUACUACACCGUUGGGUCCAAUUCGAAGUCCUCCUGGUGGCCCAGUUCCAUUGUCCAUCCUAAUCUUAAGCAUACUAGUUGUGCUUAUUUUAACAGUGUUUGUUGCUUUUUGCCUUCUUGUCUUUGUGCUUCGGCGCAACAAGAAACCAACAGUAAAGCACGAAGGAAUUGGGAACCAAGAGUGCAGUUCCAUGCAACUGCAGCUAAGAAAGCACGACCACAAAUCAAACAAAAAGGAUGGACUAGGUGCAGAGGCCUUCAUUCCUCAAACCAUUGAGCAGAUGAGCAAAAGUCACACUUGUGGCUUAAAAGAAUCCGAAACAGGCUUCACGUUUGCUGAUCCACAAGGGCAAAAAAUCAUUCUGAGAAAUAUUACCGACAAGGAAAAGGAUUUAUUGCAUGUGGAUACCAGAAAAAGACUGAGCACAAUUGAUGAACUGGAUGAGUUGUUUCCUGGGAGGGAUUCCAAUGUAUUUAUUCAGAAUUUUCUUGAAAGUAAAAAAGAAUACAACAGCAUAGGGGUCAGUGGCUUUGAAAUACGUUAUCCAGAGAAACAACAAGACAAAAAAAUCAAGAAGUCAUUAAUAGGUGGUAAUCAUAGUAAAAUUGUAGUAGAGCAAAGAAAGAGUGAAUAUUUUGAACUGAAAGCUAAACUUCAAGGUUCACCUGACUACCUACAAGUCCUUGAAGAACAAACAGCUUUGAAUAAAAUAUAGGUCAUGCAAUCUUAUUUCUUACAGAGGACAUUUAUUUAAUGAUGAAAGUGCCUUUUGUUGACUUUUAACUUCCGAAUACUAUAUUAUAUUGGUAGGCAAAGAGGCAGGUAUAUCAAAGGGUAUCUGUCUGUAGCUGCAUAUGAUUUGUCAAGUAGAGGAGAAUUUCCUUAAUAGAUUUUACUACAUAAAGCUGAUACCCUCUGGAAUCCUGUAGGGAUACUGCAAACUCUAUUGCCAAAGGGAUGCUUUAGACACAUAUUACACUGAAUUUAACCUCAAAAGGCAUAUAUGUUUUGUACCUUAAAUGCAAAACCUUUGUCUCCUUGUGAUUUGUAAGAGCAAACACAAGAAAACUGGUACCAGUGUUUGUACCUCAGCUGGGUCCUUCAUCUUGCACGUGGAUUAAGUUGGUGGAACUGGAGUAAUCCUUUGAUUUGUGGUGUUGUAACGGCACUGUUUAAAGAUUAUCUGAAAAAGUAAAAAGCAUGCAAAGAGAGAACAUUCAAUAGUAUGUGUAAAUCGGUUACAUUUAUGGCCUGCAUCUUGAAACCACUGGAUUUAUAAUGUUAAAUUGUGCAAAUAUUUGUUUAAAAUAUACCAUGCAUAACAUACCUAUAAAAUAAAUUUGACCCUUGAAGUAUACCUGUCUAUACAUAAAAUUAAAAAAAAAAGAAAAGAAAAAAAAGUGCAAGCUGACUUCUGCAGCAUUUGUAGUGAUAUGAAGAAAAUACUUGAUGUUCAUGCAGAAUCUUAUGUAAGAAUCAAAUCCAAUUCAGACUAGAGUUCCUUCUCAGUUAUGUGAAACUCCUACAACCCCAAAAGGUUGACCAAACUUUUCAAAGUGCUUACUGUGUGAGCGUAGCAGAAAUUAUUUUUGUAAGAUAAUUCAUAUUUAUGAAAUACUUUGUAUACUAAAUAGGAAAAUAUGUACUCCGUAAUAUGUAUUUAAUAUGCCUGACUUGUUUUCCUGAUCACAAUGCAUUAAUAAUUCAGUAUAAAUUAAAAACAGAACAAUAUACCAAACAAAAACUGGUGACAAAUUGUAUAGAAUUAUCCAGGAUCCCAUGAUCAGGUAUAAUAAUAAUAAUAAAAAU